AUGGAGAGAGAUGUUAAUGUACACAUUGUUACACCCGGACAACUUAUUACAGACGAAACGCAAUUUAUGAGAGGUCAUGGUACCUUUAUUACAGAUAGUGGAGAGAGUUUAUCUUCAGUUGCAGGUGUUGUUGAACGUGUCAAUAAAUUAAUAUCA